GGCAUCAGGAGCAGGGCGCUGCCGGCUGCCGGCGCCGGUGGUGCCUUCUGUCCGGAAGGUCUUCAUUGCAGGAGACGGUAGUCCAUGAAGUACGCAGGACACCAAGCCUGGACAUCACAGACAACAGAAGGUCAAGAGGUCUCUGGGAAACAAAAAUUGUUUUCCAGGUCUAAGCAAUUUGAGGAGGUGGAAACUACUGUCCUAGGACUGAGCAGUAACUAUGAUGAGACAGUCAGCAACAUUUCUUCUGCCUCACCGAAGGGUCGAGUGAAUGGAAGUGCAGAGUCCAGAAGCAAGCGGACCAUUCGCAGGCCUGCUUACUGGUUGGAAAUGAGAGGAAUAAAAAACAGCAUUAACAAAUCUUCAGAAAAAAAAGCAGGGGAAGUACUAUUGAAAGGCAAGAGGAAAUCUGAGCAAGGGGAAGGCGAAAAUCUUAAAGACUCUCCCAAGAAGAAGCAGAAGAUUGCGGGGAAAAAACAGCAAGCUGGAACACAACAAAACUCCAAAGUGAAAAGCCACUGUGUUCAGAAAGAACCGGAAGCCUAUGGCACAGGUAGUAUGGAAGAGCGAUGGUCUUUGGAAAUUCAGGACAAAGGCCGAGUUACCUGUCCAACAUGCCGGGCUGUGGUGAGAAAGACUGUAGAAGGACUGAAGAAACAUAUGGUAAAUUGCAGGCAGGAAAUGUUCACAUGUCAUCACUGUGGGAAGCAGCUGAAGUCUUUAGGAGGGAUGAAAUACCAUGUCAUGGCAGACCAUAACAAUCAGCCAGUUGUGAAGGAGGGAGGAGAAUUGGAUGAGCAGCUUGAGCGAGACCGCCUUCGGAAGGUUUUGAAGCGUAUGGGAAAACUAAAGUGUACGAGGGAGGGCUGCACAGGCAGCUUCACUAGCAUAAUGGGAUACCUGUAUCAUGUUAAAAAAUGUGGGAAGGCUGCUUCAGAGCUGGAGAAAAUGGCUAUGAAGUGCCAUCACUGUGGAAAAGCAUACAAAUCGAAGGCAGGACUUGUCUACCAUCUCCGAUCUAAGCAUGGGCCGGUCACUUUCCUCCAUGAGGAGAGAAGAACAGAGAGCCUGAAGGAAAUAAAACGGGAGCCAAACAACACAGGCAGAGUUCAGAGGAGAUCUGCAAAGGUGGCAAUCUACUAUCUCCAUGAGCUAGCUGGAGAAGAGCUGGCCAAAGAGUGGCCCAAGAGAAAAGUUCUGCAGGACUUGAUUCCAGAUGACCGGAAGCUGAAAUAUACUCGUCCUGGACUGCCCACAUUUAGUCAAGACGUACUGUGCAAAUGGAAAACGGAGAUAAAGAUGUACCGAAGAGUCCACUGCCCAAAUCAGGGUUGUGAAUCUGUAUAUGGCAGUGUCUCUGGACUCAAAUCUCACCUCGGCACAUGUACCUUGGGAGACUUUGUGGCUGGCAAAUACAAGUGUCUCCUGUGUGAGAAGGAGUUCAUUUCAGAGAGUGGGGUCAAGUAUCACAUCAACUCUGUGCAUGCUGAGGACUGGUUUGACGUGAACACAACUACCACCAAAAGCUUUGAGAAGCUAAUGAAAAUCCGCCAAAGAGAAGAGCAGAGGAAGCAACGGAAGAAACGUCCUUUGACCCGGGGCAAAAAGAAGAGAACUGGGACCCUGGCUGCCAAGAGGCUCCCCAGUGCUGGAGUUGAAAAAAUGAGGAGAAGUAAGAGAGGUCGUCCACAGCGGGUGGACAAUGAGAGCAUGAGUAGUGAGGAGGGGGAGCCCCAAGUUGCACAGAGAGCCGAAUUUCCAAAAACCAGCCGCAAGCGAGGCCGAAAGUAAAUUCCUAGAAGAAGAGAAGAAGUAAUCCUAAAGCCUUUCAGUUACAAGCCCCACUCCCAUCAGGCUCAUAACCCACAGCACUAAUAUAAGCAACUGAAUGUCUUUGGGCCUGUGACUCCAUUCUGCUCGGUGACCUUGAUUUUGAAACUGUUUCCUCUGGUCAGUUGUGAGAGACUUCAAACCAAAGCUGUGGUACAGAGGCUGCCUCUCCUGGUGUAGUUCCCUUGGACAGUGGCACUAGCAGUGUACUCAGUGUAAUUCCUGCUCUGGUUACAGUCUCAGUUUGGAUCAUAUUAGUUGCUUGUUUAGUGGUUUCCAGUACAGCAGCUGUCUGUUUUAUCAUCUUCCACUGAUGGGUGAGAUCAGGGUUCUUUUUUAGCGGUUCUCCCUAUAAGGGACUGACUAGCACAGUGUUUAGGUCUCUUUAAGGGGGGAAUCCUUUCUUGCACAGUAUGCAUACAAACUAAGCAGUGCUGUGCAGCAUACAAAGGCUUUAGCUUGCCCUGUAACUGUCCUGUCUGUUGUCAGCCAGGCUGCCACAGAAGAGCAAAUACCUUCCUAGCAUGUGCUCCAGUCUGUUGCACAAGGCAUCGUCUCUACUUCAUACACUGAUGUUUAGGCUCAGCACCAGACCAUAGCACAUGAACUCUGGUCUGCUUGGAAGUGAUGGGACAUCAUUACUACCCUCAUCAGGAACCCAGUAUUCCCCUGGCAUCUGUCUUCUCUAGCACUGGGCAUUGAAUGUAUGUAAAGGGUCUUUCAGUCCAGCGAGGAAUAAAUAUCCUCCAGCCUUUCAGAGAUUCACUGGCCUUUCAGACACCCCCAGUAACUAAUGUAAUAAGACGGCCUUCGUGGAUACUCUGAAGACCGCUUGUUUCAGAUUCACCGGGGAAACAAACUUACUGCAAGACAGUGCAUAUCUAUGAUAGCAGUCUUGCUAACGCUGAAACCCAGGUUCUGUUGAAUUGCCUUGCCAGUGUGGUAUUCUGUCAUGCCCGUGCUCUCAUAGUGUCCUUUUUUUCUGCACUGUAGAAGUCACCUUCGUUGUCAUAUAUCACCUGUUUCUUUUCAAUACUGCUUCCUUUGUGUGAAUGAGGUACAUUAGCCGUGGCUUCCAUGUGUGGAAAAGGUUGAAAGAAGAGGGUUCAUUAUUCUAAGUAAGUCAUGUAUUGGCAUGAACUCUAGAUCAUAGGGAAUAUCUUCCUGUGCUCUGUAAAUGCAGCAGAUGUCAUAGAAGCUAGUAGGAAGCAGCAGCACAGGCAGUCCUACUCUGUCUUUCAGAGAAUGGGUUCUCCAAAAUUUCUGUUAGCUAAAGACCCACUGUACCAGGAAGUUUCAAAAUUUGACCUUUUCCUUGCAGUUUUGCAGGCAAGAAAAUAGGCAGCUGGCUCCCUGUUAAUUUUCACUGACUACCAAAGUUGCUGGUGCUGAAAUUCACAGGGAAGCCAUUGCAGUGCCUGGUGAACAGGCAGGUUUAUAUGUAUGUGUUAUUACCAGAAUAAUCACAUUGGCCCUGACAGUGGGAAGUGCUGUAUGGCCAGGGUGUUCUCAAGAGCUGCCUCUCCCAUAUAAUAAGCAAAGCAGACCCCAGCUGAGCAUGGUGUGUCUCUCAUGGGGAUUAACACCUGUUCAGUAGUGAGACAGCAUGCAGUGCUCCAUUGUGAUUUACACACAGUAGUUACAACUGCCUUUUAGAACCAGCUGUCACUGUGGUUGCAGUGCUGCACUGAAAGUAUAGAUAUGUGGACUUCUGUGCAGGGUGUAUAAGGUUUGCAGUAAGAGGGACAAGAUCAGAAGAUGACAAAAUAAAAUGUCACCAGUGCAAGAAUGUGGUUUCUUGUCUGUUUGGUGUGUAGUGUUCUUGGUACCACCUCUACUUGCACAACACACCCCAGCCUGCCCACUUGGUUGUCCUGCAUGCUCUGGUGCUGUUCAGUUGUCUGCACCAUUUCUCCUCAGUAUUCCACUGUACACAGCUGUACAUUGACCACACCUGUUUACUACCUUCCCACCCGAGAGGUGGACAACAUGGUAAGCCCAUGAAU